AUAUUUUUAAAGUAAAAUAAGAAGUGACGGUCUGAAACUGCGAAUGCUGCUAUGCUCACUGAUGCAUGUUGCCUUCAGCCGGACAGAAAACAGAAGAUGAACGAAGGCCCGGCAUUGUGCUUCUUGCUGUAGCAGAAUUUCAAGUUUCUCAGGUGACUCUUCAGAGAAUGCAGACGGAUAUGGCGGCCUCGUCGCCAGCCCUAAGCAACAACAGCGCGGACACCACCACAACUUCUGCAACUACCAACGCCACCCCAACUGCCCCCAAAACUGGCGCCACCACCGCCCCUAAAAUCAGUCCUGCGGCCGCCACCGUCGCCGCCGCCUUGCAACAGCGUUCCGAGACGCCGAAGACCCAGCGCGGCCUCAACAAGCCCAAGUGUAUCAAGUGUGGAAACGUAGCUCGUUCAAGGUGUCCAUUCCAAUCAUGCAAAAGUUGCUGCUCAAAAGCUCAAAAUCCAUGUCAUAUACACGUUUUGAAAGCUAAUGCAAACUUUCCAGACAAGACGCCAUCUUCAAGCUCUCCUUUAUUUGAUCAGAAGUCAAGUGAAGUUUCUUCAUCAGGGACUUCAAAUCGAGUUGCUUCGCUACGGCAGCUUUCCAACAAUUUUUCCCAGUUCAAUAAUGUUCUAAUCCCAUUUCGUUCGAGAAAACCACUUACCAGAAAGGAUGCUGCAGCUAUAAAUGAGUGGAGGUUUUCCAAGUUGAAGGAAUACAAGGAUAGAAACAUUGAAGCAGAAAAUGAAGCUUUUGACCGAUACAUGCAGAAUAUUAGUUUACUGGAGGAAGUAUUCUCUGUGAAAUAUGAAGGCCCUGCUGGGAAUGGGUGCUCUAUCUUGAACCCUAAAUCCACUUCUGUGGAAGACAAUGGAAUGAAGUUGAAACUAAGAUCCAGCCUAGUUAGAACUGAUUCCUUCAGAAGAAAGGUACAAGAUAUUGUUGACAAGGGAUUAAUGAAGCUUCAGAAGUGUGAGUUGAAUAUUGGUAAGAAUGAUGUGAAUGACCAAAACGAAGAUAGUGCAACGCCAAAAAAGGCAAAAACUUGGAAGGCCGACACCACUUCAGUUUUAAAUGACCUUAUUGAUAAGUUGAACAAGGCUCGAAGUGAGGAGGAUCUAAAAUCUUGCUUAAAGAUAAAAUUUGAGCUCUUUAAUCAGAAUACAAAAGGAGAUCAAAUGGAAACUGACGAUACUGGGAUAUCCGAGGAGCAGACUGAAAAAAACAAUAUGGUACCCAAGCAAGAAUUACAUUAUUCUCCAUCUAAAUUGUUUAAAACUACCGAAAUUGAUCAAGAAACUCUCAACAGCAUUGAUAAGCAUUUCAAUUCCCUUGAGCAGGUAGAAGAUCUGUAAUUUGAGUUGAGAACUCAAGUGUGUGUAGCUUUGAGACGCUAGAUUAGUUUGUUUACAGGAUCAGAUAGUUUAAGGUCCAGCUGUAGCAGCACGUACAGAUGCAGUAGCUUCAAUUUAACUUCAUUUUUUAAAUUAUGACUGAUCUGUGUAUAGUCAUUGCUUCUAAUUUGAUUCCUAAUUUAUUAA